UUUUUAACUCCUCCUAAUGUGGGUGUGUGGAGGACGGGUACAAUCAGAGUUAGGGAGCUCGUUCAGUGGCGUUAGGAUAAAGUGACAAUGAGUGUAUCUGCUGAAACAAAACUUAGCAAACACUUAACAUGCAGUUACAAGAGCUUUGGGAGUUCAAUUGAGCUGGCGGAUGUCUCAUCACCAGAUGGAUUUACUAGCAGCCAUGAUGACGGAGACCAGCCACAGGGUCAAACCUUAAAAAUCCUUGCUGCUGCAACAGAUCCAGUCCAGUUGAAAGAGCUGCCGUCUGGUAGCCAGGAACCAUUUGAACCGACCAAACUCAAGGAAACGGACGAGGAGUGUUGUGCCCUGGACACACCAGUACAAAUCUAUGCUGUAGUUUUCAUCUUUGCCAUUGGGGUGACCAUUGCUUUGGUCACAGAAAUAUACCUGACGCCUUUGGCUUUCAUAAAAGGUGUGGUGUCAGAUCAUGAGCGCUGCACGGCUCUCGGUGAGAAAGUACUUCAAGAUCGUGGGUCCAGUGUGGAUGCAGCGAUCGUCGGAGCUCUUUGCUUGGGCAUUGUACAUCCACACGUGUCGGGAGUUGGUGGAGGAGGAGUCAUGUUGGUCCAUGACUCCCGUCGGAAUCAAACCAAGGUGAUCAAUUUCCAAGGCUCUGCACCUCAAGCCCUUACAGAGGAUAUGGUACAGAAUGCCUCUGAUGUUAAGGCAGGUCUAUUCGUAGGAGUUCCAGGGAUGCUGCUGGGGUUGCACCGUGCUCACAGACUGUACGGAAGCUUAUCAUGGGAUGAUGUUGUCAGCAGAGCUGCAGACGUAGCCAGAGAGGGAUUCAAUGUUUCACAGAGUCUUGCUGCUGCAAUAUCGCAGCUGGAAACUGAGAAGAUAGAGGGGCGCUUGAGGGACAUUUUCAUCCCAGAUGGUCAGGCUCUGAAGCUGGGAUCCUACCUGAGGAUGCCUGGUUUGGCAGAAGUUCUUGAGGCUGGUUUUUGGAAUUUCUACCAUGGCCCAAUAUCAGAAGAGAUGGAGAAAGAGGUGAUAGCAAAGGGAGGCGUCCUGACCAGAGAAGACAUCCGUGAUUACAGCGUAGAGGUGCAACAACCAUUGGAAGGCCGGUACAAUGAGCACAUCAUUCAGGUUCCCCCUCCACCAUCUGCUGGCGUGGCGCUGAUUGCGGCUCUCAAUAUCCUAGAGAGUCUCUUUGUCGUGGAAAAUAAUGUCACAGAAAAUCAAACUUCCCGCUGGAUUGAAGAGGCGUUGACAAGAGCUCUAACUAUGGUUGGUGAGCUGGGUGAUCCCAACUACAACUCUUCAGUGACUGACCUUUCUGCAAUGAUUAGUAAGGGUCAGGGUGCAGGGCUGCAGCAGAGGAUGAAAGACUUUCAACAAUCUUCACAUGCCUCCAACUCCACUAUCCACCGCUUCCCAACAGAGCAGCUGACUGGACAAGUCAUAGUGAUGGGACCAGAUGACCUCAUGGUGUCUGUUGCAAGUUCCUUGAGCAGGCCGUUUGGGAGCAGGAUCGUCACUGAGUCGGGAAUAAUUCUCAACAGCCUUAUUUUGGACUUCUUCUGGCCAAAUCAGAUGCGGGAGCACCCCCAGUCUAACCAGAAAAAUAGUUUGGAGCCAGGAAAGAGGCCUCUGACAUUUCUAAUGCCUGCAAUGAUGGUUCCGACUUGGAACAAGUGUGGCUCCUACAUGGCCCUGAGUAGUUCAGGUGGGCCAAAUCGCUUGAGUGAAGUCACGCAGAUGCUAGUUGGUCUCCUGUUUCUCCAUAAAGAGAAAAAUGACACGCUUUCUACAGGAGGACUGCCUCCUCAACUUUCUAACUCCACGUUUCCAGAGGAGAGUGUGUAGCUUUUCCGUGCAAUGGGCCAUCAAGUUGAUAAGCUACAAGAUUGCUGAUAGAUGACGUCAAUAAAAAUAUCAGUAGAGCUAACAAAUUUACCUUGUUGUUGCUGUUAAGAAACUUGCAAACUUUAUGUUUCUGGGUCUUAGAGCUCCUUGGAAAAGUAUCGGUGUGCUUUAGACACAUUUUUUUUCACAUCUGUUACUUUACAACCAAUAUACAGUAUGUUAUAUUAGACAAACAAAGCACUAUUAAAAUCUAAAGUGGGGCAUGUAUAUCUCUUCAGGUCCCCUGUGUCAGUAGGUUGUGGAAACAUCCUUCAUUGCAGUUAUAGCUGCAGGUCUUUUAGUGUAUGUGUCUACAAGCUUUGCACAUCUAUGUAUUUUUUUACAAAAUAGCCCAGCUUAGUCAGAUUGUAAGGAACAUGUCUGGGAACAUUAUUUUAGUAACACAUUUUCAAUAGGAUUUAAGUCUGGACAGACUGACGCAUGGAUAUUGUUUGAUCCAAACCAUUCU